UAUCUAUGGCGAACGUUGUUGUCAACUGUUCAUGUGCACCGUUUAUAUUAAAUUAAUUAUUUAAUUUAUAAUUAAAUAUAAGUGGCUGGUAAAAAUAUCGUGUCAAGUGUUUUAAAUUGAACGAAAUAGAUAUCCGAGUUUUUAUUCCGAGAAAAGUGUACGAAUAAUUUCGCCGUUCACGAGAACUGUGUACUAAGAAAACAUCACCAAGGUCGCAGACGAGCGCCGCUGCAAUGGGUGUUCCGCACAUCACGUCGUGCUGCUGGUGCUUCGGCCUCGAGUCCGGCACUAAGAUCAUUGCUUUCCUUCAUAUGUUGACAGCGCUGACGAUGAUGAUAGUGUGCUCCGUGUUCGCGGAGGGCGCGCGCGCGCUUGUGGGCACGGUGGAGGACGGCGAGGACCACCUGUACAGCACGUGGUACUCCAUCACCGUGGCCGUGGCCGUGGUCUCCGUGGUGCACGUGCUGCUGGCGGCCAUGCUGCUGUUCGCCGCCUGCAAGCGCAACACGACGGCGCUGCGCGUGUGGGUGUGGGUGAUGCUGGUGCUGUACGCGGCGGCGCUGCUGUACGUGCUGGUGUCCAUGACCUUCGGCUUCACGGCCAGCGGCUCCGAGAUCUUCCUCGCCUUCCUGCAGGGGAUAGUGUUCUUCGGUCUCUUGGCGUACUGCAUCCUGUGCGUGAACAGCUACUACCUGAUGCUGAAGAGCUCCGAAGACAUGGAGGCACCCAACAAGAUCGACUAUUAACUGGACGUCACUCAUUCCGUGAACUGCCGUCAGUCAGUGAACUGCUGUCAGUCAUUCAGUGAACUGCCGUCAUUCAGUGAACUGCCGUCAGCCAAUGAACUGCUGUCAGUCAUUCAGUGAACUGUCGUCAGUCAGUGAACCACUGUCAGUCAGUCAGUUGUCUGACCGUGCCAUAUUACCUCUGUCUCCAGCAGCCAAGCGCUGGUUGUCAAUAUAAGACUUCGCUCGGCUACGCUUUCAGUGUCGUUAGUGCUGUGUCGUUUACUAGAAUAAGGAUAUUUUGAUGUUCAUUUACAAUUGAUUAUAUCUAGGUGUACAAUUCCAAACGUGAGCCACUAAAUAAUGUUGUAUUUGCUACAAUAUGGUUACAAUAUCUCAAAAUAAAAUGACAUAAUCGAUGGCAUCUUCCAAAACAUGAUGUGUUUGUGAAAUUGAAAUGUAGACUGACCGAUAAGAAAAUAACCAACCCAAAAGAUUUUUGAUUAUUUACUAUACUAACGUAAAAAAUAUUUUUUUUUAUCAAAAUAGAACGCUGUUCCUUUAUGGCUUCAGUGAACUGGAAUUGGCUUUAUUGGCAGUGAAAUGCGUUGAAUUUAUUUUGUUUUAAUAUUGCUUCGCAUAUGCAUUUAGCCCGUGAUCAAGUAAUUAGCCUAACCCCUCUCAUUCUGAGAGGAGACUCGAGCUCAGCAGUGAGCCGAAUAUGGGUUGAUGACGAAGUAUUUAGCUCUAUUAAGGCGAAGGUGAUCAAAUAUAGUCCAUAGUCAGUCGGUCCUAGUCAAGUCAUGUCGUGAUUUAGUAAUGCGAAGGCAACCUUACCAAAACUUUUGCUAGAACCACUGAGAAAAUCGAAUGAAACACAUAAAAUAUUCCUGCGCAACCUCCUCGUAUAAAAUUUACGCAAUAAAACUAAAAUGCGUCCAAAUCAACGAAAAUAAAACGAGAAAUACAAGUGAUUCUUACGAUUGUACCGCCAAACUCAUUAAAAUAUACUCGCGUCAUAUUAAAGUGGGCGAAUAAUUGUGCCUCUGACUAUAAUUAUACUAUCCAUUAAUUCGAUAUGAUAAAUACAUAAUGACCCUAUAACUAAUUGAAUGGUUUGGACAUCCCUAUGUCAAACAAUUUCUUAUAUUUUUUAUUUUAUUAAAAUGUCUUGAAUAUUAACCGUCCGACCAGAUGUUAUAUUUUAUGUAUAUUUUUAUAUAAAUAUACAAACAGUGCAAAAAAAUCCAUUAAAUAUUGCACAAACAUUUGUUAUUGAAUUUUAUUUUUGUAUUGUCAGUUUUUGUUUAUUUCUUUUAAGCAUUAUUAAAAAUUAUAUUACAAAACCUAUUAUAAAAUUAUAUUUAUAAAGUUAGGUUAAGUUUUAAAAUAAAUUUUAUUGCAUUACUUAUGCUAUAUAAUAUAAUAUAAUACUUAUAUAAUAAGUAACUUAUGAAUAUAAAUAUAUGCAUGUUGGUGCUUUAUACAAAACGUUUUCUGCUUUGCUAAAACAAGGUUAUGAAUUUAAAAUUACUCCGGCGAAUUGCAUAUUUUCGUAUUAUUGAAUAUCUCUGACUUUAUUAUGAAAUAUAUUUUUAAUUUUAGGAAAGCUGUACAUGUCUUAUGAUUUUGUUUAGUUUGUGUGAAAAAUCAAAUUUUUGCAGAUAAUGUUUUUGUUGAAAAAAUAAUAUACUUAAACUAUAAAUAAUGUGUUCAAUGAAUGAAUGUCAACUUUUCCUAAAAGGUAAAUGUUUGGAAACAAAGCUUUGUAAACAGAAUUUUUAUUAACUUAUAUAUAUAUAUAUAUAUUUAUAAAGUUAUUUGGUCAACUGAAAAAUUAUCGUUUAUUGCGAUCGCAUGCCGCGACAUAGAAUAAAAAAAUCCGAGAUACUCUUAAUGAGAUAAAAAAAAAUUGUAGUACGGUUUAUAUACAUUUUUUUGAAUAAAUUAUAUAUAUUGAACGCAUUUGUAUAAUAAGGUUAAGUAAUAAUGAAGUUUUAACAAUCGCCUUAGGUUUACCUUAUAUUAUGCCUGCCAAGAUUUUUUGAUGCAAGGAACUCAAAAGGAAAACCGAAAAUAAAUUAAUGACUAUAAAGUUUUAAGAGCUGUUAAAUUGUUACCUAUUGAAACAAGGUGCCUUCUUGUGCGAUACGCAUAUGACAAUAUAUUUGUUUAUAUUUUCAAAUAUAUUUAUGUGAAGAUUUAAAAAGUAUGUAUUUUAAAAAUACAUCAAUUUAUGAGCAUUGAAGCUGUGGACAUUUCUGAUCUGACUACAUGUCUAAUUGUUAUGUAUUUCUCUAAAACAUCCUUUUAGCGUUGUAAAUAAAUAAAUAAAUAUUUUGUAUUAUUAAAUUGCAUUUAUGAGCCUAAAACUUAAAAAUGUUAGAAAAGUACUGAAUUUUAAGAAUAUGCUGCUAGUAACACAAGUUUACAUUCGAAUAAUAAUUACCAAAAAUAAUGUUUAUUAAUUAUUAUUGUAAUACUAAUUAUAAUAUUUAUUUAUGACCAGAAAUAUAUAAAAAACCUAAAUUGAGACGCCAAAAAAUGCUACCAUAUUUUUCAUAGCAAGGUUUUCAUUUCAUUUCAGGCACGUAUAAUUUUAUAUAUUUGUUUUAAGCAUUAAUAUACAGUAGAUUAUGAAUUUGUCUUGUGAAUUUUGUACUUUUUGGCUUAAAGCAUCUUUUUAGGGGCAUAGUUUUAUUACAAGGCGUUAGAUUAAGUUGAGUGUUUUAAAAACUCAUAUAUUACUAUGUAAUGAAGUGUAAUGUUAAUGGAUUACAAGAUUCCUCAUUUUAUGGAGGGUUAAAGUUUAUCAGCUUAUAUCCCUACCAUAGGUGAGUACCUACAGUACAUACAGUAGCCAAUAGGCUAGUUGACGCUUAAAAUGGUCUUAAUUGUUCGUUAUCGUUCUAGAACUACCCUGUUAUGGUGACUUUGGAAGGUAGCAGGUUCAAGGGUCUCAGUAUAUACUCUAUUAUUUAUAUUUUCCUCUGCAUUUUAUGAGAAAUGUCGCCAGUUACUUAGAUCAAUUGCAAUUGCGAGAAUGAAAAAAAAUCUUUCGAAAAACGAAGCUAAAGUUCUAGCGACAGGAGACAUGAUUCCUCAUAAUUUCUUGUAUAAAAUAAAAUAAAAUAAAAUAAAAUAAAAUAAAAAUAAUCUUUAAUACUUGGACAGUUGAAAUCUGCUUCACAAACCAUAGUCCAACACCAAACUCCAUAGUUGGCUAUUUACUGUACUAACCUCUGGUAACGCAUGCGCUGACAAACUUUCCCUUCAUAAAGCUGCCUGUUCACAAAAGUGGAGCGAGUGAGCGUAGCGGAGAAACGACUAAUGUGGAGCGAAGUUGCGUACUGUGUCUGUCCACCGGAACGAAGUGAGGCUGCGGAGCAAAGUGACUUGCCGAAAAAGCUUCGCCGCACGUGAUUUUUGCUCCGCUUACCAAUUUUAGACAUUUUGUGCAAUCCUAUUGGUUAAUAUUUCUCCGUUUAUCGGCUCCGCUGCCUCGCUCCGCUUCGGUGGGCUGGCAGCUUUAUAGAGUCAUGCCUGGCUAGGCAGGCCCUUUUUAGUGUUACUCUUAUGAGGUAAUUAAUGAAUAAUAAUAAUAAGUAUACAAUGCAUUUGAAUGUGUCGUGAUGUUGCUAAUGUUCAUAAUGAAGUGCUAUUUACAUGUUCUCGUUUCAA